UCCUCACAAAAAGUCUCUUGUGCAAGAGCUUUUUUUGAACUCUCUCUUUCUCUUUUCACAUCCCAUGGCGCAGGAGCUCCUUCGUGCGUCAUCACCUUUCGUCAUCAUAUGCUGAAUCCACCUAGAAUCAACAAUUUUUCAAGGGUGGUGUGAAGGGAGGCAAUCUUCCUCUGCAUCAUGGGAAACUGCUGUGUGACUCCUUUUAAACACUCCGGGGAGAAGAAGAAGAAGAAGAAACAUAACAAUAAGCCGAUCCAUGUGACUCGUGGGGCCAGGGGGACGAAAAAGCUCGUCGUGUUGAAGGAUCCUGGUGGCCACAACAUCAAGGAGAGAUACAAGCUGGGGCGUGAGCUCGGGCAGGGCGAAUUUGGCAUAACUUAUCUGUGCACGGAUGUGGUGAGCGGGGAGAGGUACGCGUGCAAGUCAAUCUCGAAGAAGAAGCUGAGGACUGCAGUCGAUAUUGAGGACGUGAGGAGGGAGGUCGAGAUCAUGAAGCACAUGCCUAAGCACCCUAAUCUUGUGUCCCUGAAGGAUACUUAUGAAGACGAUAGCGCGGUGCACAUUGUGAUGGAACUUUGCGAAGGUGGCGAGCUUUUUGACCGGAUUGUAGCCCGGGGGCAUUAUACCGAGAAGGCAGCAGCCGUUGUCAUGAAGACCAUCAUCGAAGUUAUUCAGGCGUGCCACGAACAAGGAGUCAUGCAUCGUGAUCUCAAGCCGGAAAACUUCCUUUUCGCGAAUAAGAACGAGACAUCUCCCAUAAAGGCAAUCGACUUUGGGCUGUCGGUUUUCUUCAAACCUGGUGAACGUUUCAACGAAAUUGUUGGGAGCCCGUACUACAUGGCUCCCGAGGUUCUAAAACGCAACUAUGGGCCAGAAAUCGACAUUUGGAGUGCCGGUGUCAUCCUUUAUAUUCUGCUUUGCGGCGUUCCUCCCUUUUGGGCAGAGUCCGAGCAAGGAGUGGCUCAAGCAAUCAUUCGAUCUGUUGUUGAGUUUAAGCGAGAUCCUUGGCCUAGAGUCUCGAAUAGUGCCAAAGAGCUUGUGAAGAGAAUGCUCAACCCUGAUCCCGCUCAACGCCUUACAGCUCAACAAGUCCUCGAUCAUCCUUGGAUGCAACAUAUGAAGAAGGCACCAACUGCGUCCGUUGGUGAAGCUGUGAAAGCACGGCCGAAACAGUUCUCUGUGAUGAAUAAGCUCAAGAAAAGGGCACUAAAGGUUGUGGCUGAGAACUUGUCCAAGGAGGAAGAGGCUGGGAUGAAGGAGGCAUUUGACAUGAUGGACUCGGGGAAAAAGGGCAAAAUUAACGUCGAGGAGCUCAGAGCCGGUUUGCACAAACUUGGCCAUCAGAUCUCGGACGUUGAUGUUCAUGUUCUAAUGGAAGCUGCUGAUGUCGAAGGAGAUGGAACGUUGAGCUAUGUCGAGUUUGUUGCUGUCACGGUGCAUCUGAGAAAGAUGGUCAACGAUGAACAUAUUAGCAAAGCUUUUGACCAUUUCGACCGUAAUGAGAGUGGAUACAUAGAGAUUGAAGAGCUCCGGGAAGCUCUCUGCGAUAACGACGACGCCAACAACAAGGAGGUCAUCACUUCUAUAAUGCUUGAUGUGGAUACAAAUAAGGACGGGCGGAUAAGUUAUGAAGAAUUUGCUACGAUGAUGAAGGCUGGUACGGAUUGGAGAAAAACAUCUUGUCGCGAGAGGUUGAACUGUCUUAGCGUGAAGUUGAGAGAAGGCUCGCUGCAGUUAGCUAACGAGGGUAGAUAAAACGACUACACAGACGUUCCCGCCCCCCCAAUUUUUUGGCUGAGUGUUACAUGUAUCGGUUUCUUUCUUCACAAUUUUUUUUCCAUGUUUCUCUAUUGUUGUUAUUGUUUUAAGCUAGGGGUUCAUUAGCAUCAGGCACACAAUGUUUUCUUCUAUACUAUACAUGUGUAUACUGAUUUGAUUUUUUUGUGUAAAUAAGAAUAUAAGAUCUG